UGCCCCAGCGCACAAAGCAAGGUCCAUAAAGACAUGGUUUGAUGAGUUUGGUGUGAAAGAAUUUGACUGGCCGGCACAGAGCUCUGACCUCCACCCCAUCGAGCACUUUUGGGAUGGACUGGAACGGAGAUUGCAUCAGUGCCUGACCUCAUAAAUGCUCCACAGAAUGAAUGGGCACAAAAGAAACACUCCAAAAUCUUGUGGAAAGCCUUCCAAGAAAAGUGGAAGCUGUUAUAACUGCAAAAUGGGGACCAACUUCAUAUUAAAGUAUAUGUCAUAUAACAAGAAGAAUCUACACUACACUUUAUUCAGAUUGAGUGACUGCUGGUUGUCAGAGAUCAGCUGUUCUUCUCUGGUCUCAGCUCUGAAGUCCAACCCCUCCCAUCUGAGAGAGCUGGACCUGAGUAACUACAACCUGCAGGAUUCAGGAGUGAAGCUGCUGUGUGGUUUUCUGGAGAGUCCACACUGUAGACUGGAGACUCUGAGAUUGAGGAACUGCAGUUUGUCAGAGAUCAGCUGUUCUUCUCUGGUCUCAGCUCUGAAGUCCAACCCCUCCCAUCUGAGAGAGCUGGACCUGAGUUACAUCAACAACCUGCAGGAUUCAGGAGUGAAGCUGCUGUCUGAUCUUGUGGAGAGUCCACACUGUAGACUGCAGACUCUGAGAUGGAAGUGAUCUCAGUCAGACAGUGAGCGGUGAGGAAGGAGGUUGUGUUGGAGGAUCCGCUGUGUCCUGAUGAUCCAGAGAGGUUGAAGCAGCAGCAUCAGCUCUGACUGGGCCAUGUUACUGGGAGGUAGAGUGGAGAGGAGAGCUUCAUCCAGCAGUGACUGACAGAGGAAUCACAACCAGUGGAGACGACUCUCAGUGCUGCAGUCUGAACUGCUCUGAGAUCAGCUCCCUGUGUGUUCCUCUGGAUCAUGUGACAGAGUAUCAUCAGUGUAUCUGGAGCUGCUGCUGCUGCUGCUCUGUCCGUCUACAGUCUCUGCAGACACACUGAGACUGCUCCACUCCUAAAACCACUAAAUACACUGAAUAAAGCAGUUCCACCUUAAACACACUGAAUAAAGCAGUUCCACCUUAAACACUCUGAAUAAAGCAGUUCCACCUUAACAAUCACUGCUUCUCCCACGCUGUUGGACAGACAAAGGACGUCCCGGAGGGGCUGCGAGCCGAGCUGCUGCUAACGUUAGCUCAGCUUGUUUCUCUGAUAACUUAAGAUCCAGACGUCCGAUGACUAAAAUCCUUCAUCAGGUUCAAAUCUAGAGUUAAAAAGCACCAAGAUCUAAACAGUGGAUGGUAACAAUGUGGCUUUAAGGACCAGUGUGUAGAAUUUAGUGGCACCUAGCAGUGAAUUUGCAGAUUGCAGCUAACUGAACACCUCUCGCGUUAAAGCUGUGUGAUAUGACAAAAGGAAAACAUCUAUUGUUUCUUAUUUUU